AUGGCUGGUAAUCCGACGGAGGAAUUGGAGCUGCUGGAACGUGUGCUCCUUCGACUGGGAUAUGCAGAUACGGACGAGCAGCUGCAAACCACCGUGAACAAGUUUCUCACUCCGGUUUUGAUUAAGAUAACUUCGCCGAACGAAAAUGUCCGCAAGAAGGUCAUGGAGAUUUUAACGCAUAUCAAUAAGCGGCUUAAAUCGAGGAAUCAAAUCCAGAUACCUCUGACACCACUCCUGGCGCAGUAUCAACAGGCUGAUUCAUUAUUUCUCAUUAACUUUGCAAUCAUCUACAUAACGAUGGGCUUCCCGCGAUUAACGAUCGCGGAACAAACGGAAUUCGCACCGGUACUAUUGAACUGCUUAGAGGGGAAACCGGAAUCACAUCAGGACAGAAUACUGAUGUUGGUAUUGCCCCUGCUUGGCGAGAUCAAGAUACCGGAAGAUCCGGAAAGCCGUGCGGAACUGCUAGGGUUGUCUAACAAACCGCACACUAAGCAGCAGCUUCUUUCGAUACUGAUGGAUGUGCUGCUGCUGCCGUACGGAACGCUUCCGGACAGUGACGUUCCACCCGGCAUGAGCGUGUAUUCGUUCAAGCGUGUUACUGCGAAACCUCCGAAGGCUGAGGAAUUGGAGCAGCUAAAGAAGGGUAUCGUGCGGUUUCUUUGCGGUGGUAUUUUUCCCGAGCCAGACAUUUUGGCACAUCUCGUGGUGGCGUCGGCUGACACAAGGUUUUCCGUUGCCACGCCGGCCAUUGGUGAGCUAAACAAGAUCUGCAGCUCGCUAGAAUGGACCGAUCCGAAGCUGUCGACACCGUUGUACACGCUCUUUACGGGCAACGGAUCGAAACUGCCCGAUCGUAAGACGAGUGGCGUCAGCGCUAGGGUACGGCAAAAGUUGCUCCAGCAUUUGCUGAAAUGCCGUGGCAAGGGGAUUAUCGUUGCAAACGGCAUACAGGUGAUCUUCGAGUCGCUGUUUGGAGUAAACACCAAUCAAAAGUGCAAGGUAUUGGCAUUACAGUUUGCUUAUAAGCUGAUUAACAAUGGAGAAACGGACUUGUUGAAUAAAAUAGCAAAGGUUUUGCUAACGGGACUGGCCAAACUUAUCGGCACGACAUCAGAGGAACCGAACGAGGUACAGAAUGCAGCAUACAGUGCCAUUGCGCAACUUGCCACCGUUUGUCCUACUGCUGUCAACGAGGACCUCCAUCUCGUUGGACAGUAUUUCAAUCAUUUGAAACAGGCUCCGGUCGAGCUGCAUUCAUCCAUCCGUGAGGCGUUGGUUGCAUUGGCUCAAGCGUUUGAUUGGCGAAAGCAAAUGCCUCCGGGGUCACAGGUAGAUACGGAAACCACUGACCAACAAGUUGCCAGCGGUUCUAAAAAGGGUGCCCCGAAACCAGUAUUCGUCCCGAAUGCCAACCAACAUCUGUUGCUGGCGUUGCUCGCGGAGAACGCGGAAUCGAAGCUUAGCAUCGUGCAGAAUGUGGCUUCGGUGUUUCUGAUCACAUGUUUCCCAGACUUCUACGUUCCCUCGCGCUAUCUUUUGCUCAUCAUCUGCGGCGAGAGCCCACAGUUGCGUGAAAUGAUGACAACGUACCUGUACGGUGUAUCAAAGAAAGAUCACGUAAAUUACGGUGCCAUUUUCUCGGUGGAGGAUUGUGCAAAGCAACAGUCGACGAGCUUGUUGUUAGCGGAAGAGGAGGGAAAGAAAAAUCCCUUAGCACCAACGAAUGAACCGAAGCGCAUUGUCUUACCAUCGUUUUGCGAUAUGGUGGAGUAUGUGUCAACAAAGUCGGAGCGGAAGGUGGCCACCAUCGUCGAUAGAAUGGGUUACGGUAAGGUAAAGCUUCCCUACGGAUUCGACACGUAUCUCGAGAUACUGGAUUAUCUGCGUAUUUGUAUGCUUUUCAAUGCGGGCGUUAAUAAACACCCCUCGGUCGAUGAUGAGGAUACGUUCAAGCUCACCGCUUUCCUACGGAAGCUAGUGGCCGACGGGCAUCGGGACACGAUUGUGAAGUACCACGAUCUCGUGCGCCGUUUGGUUAUCGCCCGGAAGGGUAUCACCGAACUGACAUGCUUGUACGACCUGGUAAAUGCGAUCCCGGAUGAACUGGUGGAGGAGAACCGUGAUCUGCUGCUAACGCUGGAAGCCUCGCUGAAGGAAAUUUCCGAACCGACACGAAUCCUCAUUGCGAAAGUGUACGGGAUUCUGCUGGCCUACGUAAGCAACGAUGAAGAGUUUGACCGACAGGUGAAGGAACUGCAAACUUUGGGUACGAAAUCGCUUGAAACCCGUCAUGGUUCCAUACUGGCGGCAUCGAACGCCGUCUACAGAAAAUUGUUGCUGAAAAAGAAUGCUCGUGAGUUGCCGGGUGAAGGCUGGAACACUCUAAAGGAUUUGAUCGAACUACUGGCUUCGUUGUUGAACGAACAGCAGUCAUUGCUUCAAUCAGCGGGUAUAAGAAGUCUCUGCUUAGUCGGAUCGUGCUCGGUUCUACCGCUUCCGGAGGAGGACCCUAAGAUGGAAACGGAUGGCGACGAAAAGGUCAAACCGGUCAAAAUGACAAAAGCUCUGCUGAUGGAAACGCUGAUGACGCUGCUGCAGAGUGCGCACACGAAGGCAAAGAUUCGCGAGGAUGCUGCUCACUGCCUCGGUUAUCUGGCCGUCGGCGAUCGGGAGUACUAUGCCCGGAAGGUGCUGUCUCGCUUUCUGGGAUUACUCAAGAUGACCAAAGAUCCCGCGUUGCAUAUUGCCAUGGGUCAGGCGCUUGCGUACACGUUGCAGGGUCUUCCCAAGUGCGAAACGGCAGACGGAACAGUAGGCAAUGUGGACGACGAUACGUUGUCAUGGUUCCUGAUCGAGUUAGUGAAGCAGGUGAAUGAAACACAUGCCUAUCUAAAGCAGGCGUGUGCCAUCUGGUUGCUGGCGAUAGUGAAAAACUGCACCCAACGUCGUCCAGUUCAGGAGCAUCGGCAAAUAUUGCAACUUGCACUUACCGACCUGCUGUGGGAGGACAAUGAACUCAUUCAGGACGUAGCGUCACGAGCGAUGGGUAUUAUUUUCUCACUCUCCGACAAUGAAAGCCAGGAGGAAAUGUCGAAUCUACUGAUCGAUCAGCUAAUUGGUGGUCGACGACAGGUGCAGAAAGUUGCCGCCGAUACGAAGUUGUUCGAGGAAGGCGUUCUCGGCAAGGCACCGACCGGAGGCAACCUUUCAACCUACAAAGAAUUGUGCAGCCUAGCUUCGGAUCUCAACCAACCGGAAAUGAUCUAUCAGUUCAUGCAGCUCGCCAACCACAACGCGACGUGGAACAGCAAACUCGGAGCGGCUUUUGGACUGCAGUCGAUUUCGAAGUCGGCCAAGCAGAAGAUGGAACCCCACCUGGGUAAGAUUGUGCCGCGCCUGUUCCGCUACAAGUACGAUCCGACGCCGAAGAUACAGAACCAGAUGAUUACCAUCUGGGAUACGGUCGUGUCGGACUCGAAGGCCACCAUAGAGCAGUACUAUUGGGAGAUACUGGAUGAUGUUUCGCAAAACCUAACCUGCAACGAGUGGCGUACGCGAAUCGCUUGUUGUCUUGCCGUACGGGACUUGAUCAAGCGCAGCAAUGGGUUGAAACUACGUUCGGAUACGGUCCUAAAGCGUAAAGCCUCGGGUAAUGAGGCGCAGGAAGAAGAUACAAGCAAAGCGAUGGAUACGGAUUUGAACCCCGUUCCGGAACCGGAGCUGCAGUACUUGUGGAGUCAGCUGUUUCGCGUGAUGGACGACAUUCACGAGGGAACUCGUCUUGCCGCCGAAGGAACCGCGAAUGUGCUGAGUAAGGUAUGCGUUGUGGCCGCAUCCAGUGAUCACAGCAAGUCCGGUUUAAACGUGGCAAGCUCCAUCAUUCCACUGUUUUUGGAGAAAGGUGUCACGAACACCGUCUUGGAAAUACGACGCCUCAGCAUUCGCACUCUGUCGGAGUUGAUUGAUUCGGCCGGGGCGCUUAUACUGCCCCAUCUGACCAGUUUGGUACCGUGUUUGCUGCAGGCAACGGGCGAGCUGGACUCAACGAAGCUCGCCACCCUUUCGACGAUGCUUUCGGGACAAUCGAGCAGUGGAACGCAGGAAGCAAUCGAUUCACUGCGUGCGGAAGCAGCCAAGCAACAUUACACGAUGGAAACACUUACCAAGUGCAUUCGCCACAUUGAUUACGUGACCAUGGAGCGCAUGACACCUGCCGUGCUGGAUUUACUGAAGACGAGUGUCAGUCUCGGUACCAAAGUGGCUUGCGCACACUUUAUCUGUCUCGUUUGCGUUCAUCUCGGUGCGGAAAUGCAGCCACUGACGAGCAAAUACCUGGGCGCUUGCUUCUCCAGCCUGUCCGAUCGUAAUGCCACCGUGCGAAAAUACUACGCCUCAGCCAUCGGCCACUUGAUCGGUACGGCCAAGGAGCAAUCGAUUGAGCGACUGUUCAAGAAGCUCGAAGAGUUGUACUUCGAACAGCAGGUUUCCCGAUCGAAAGCGGUUCCGCUGACAAUACAGGCCAUCAACAAGUGGCACCAGGAGGUGCUGAAGGACUACAGCGGGCACGUGCUGCCGCUGGUGUUUUUCGCCAUGCACGAGGAGGUAACGGAGGAGAGCAAAUCGACCGUUGAGCUGUGGCAGGAGCUGUGGCACGAAAUCAAUACCGGUGAUGCUGGGUUGCGGAUGAAUUUGGAUGCGAUCGUGACGAUCCUGGAAACGAAUCUGAACAAUCCUUCUUGGUUGCUAAAGGCACAGGCAGGGGCUGCUACCAAUACGCUUGCGUCAAAAAUGAGCGCCUCAUUGGACGAACCGGUGCGCCUUCGGUUGAUCGAUCUGAUUCUCAACAAUGUCACAGGCCGGACCUUUCUGGGUAAAGAAAAGUUGCUGCAGGCGUUGGCAGGUCUGUGCAAGAAAUUGAACCAAGAGGCGAGCAACCAUGGCCAGCGAAUAGUGGACGCGGUAAUGAAGGAAUGUCGCAAGGAGGAAGCCGUUUAUCGAACCCACGCCCUGCGCUCCCUUGGUAACAUUCUCGACGAGCUGAAGGUAGAUCGUUUCGAGGAGGUUUACAAUAUGGUUUGGCAUUUGCUGGACAAACAGCAGGACUCUAGCGAUAAGGCCGGUAGCUCGAACGACAAUGCGUCGGGCGAAUACGUGACCACGGAAGAGCGCAGCAAGCAGAUGCUCAUUCUUGUGCAGCUCAAAGAAACGGUCUGUGAAACUCUGGGUAAAGCAUGGCCAGAGAAUUCGAUCGAAACCCAGCGUCGCUAUCAGAAAAUGUUUGUUGAAAAGUGUGUCCAGUGUUUGAAAUCCAACACGCGCCAGGUGCAGUUGAGUUUGCUGCAGGCUCUCGGCCGGUUCCUGGAACGUUUGGCGUUGCUUCGCAAGGAGGAAGACAUGACCGUGAACACGAUGGAAGUAGAUGAAGCAGCCGAUGCCAGUGGACAAGGGGGAAAUCCCGAUGCCAGUGGACAAGGGGGAAAUCGUGAAAAGAAAGCUAAAGUCGACCAUGACCAAAAUGGCGUUUUGGAAUCAAUUUGUCGUAUCGUGCUAGCGGCGAUUGUUGAACUAUCGGCAAUUCCACACACUGGUCUCAAAAAGGAAGCCCUGAACAUAAUGCUCAUAUUGGCGAAGAAAUUGAAGGCUAAAGAAAGGGGAACGGUUGAUACGGAGAUGGCUUUAGUGCAGCAAACGUUUGCUCAAAUACUGACCCAGCUGCAGAAGGACACAGCGCCUGAAGUAAAGUGCCGCCUAAAGGACCUGGAGGACAAGCUGAAGUAAACGUAUAUGAACUUUGAGGGCGAGAGAUAGGUUGGAUCAUUGGACUUUGUGGAUACUUAAAGAUUGCAUCAUUUAGUUUUCAAACGGUGUGAUGGAAAUGUCGCUGUAAAGACAUUCAAACAUAAUUAACACAUUAAACAGGUAUGUGCGAGCAU